AUGACGCCCACCGAAAUGGGCACCAAGGCCAACGAGGCCGAGGACACCAUCUUGGGCGAAUCCGCUUAUGAGUUUAUCAACACCGACGACGAGAGCCAUGAUGGCCCGGACGGCCCUGCCGAGUCUCUCGACUCGUAUGAAUACACACAGACCGAUGACGUUCACAGUUUGGCUGGCACGGAACAGUCGAGCGAGGGCCUCGAUACCGACUCGGAGAGCGAUGGCGAGGAGCAAGAGCAAGACAAGGAACGACACCAACACGAUGAGGAGGCGGAGAAGAAAUCACACGCAUAUGUGGAGGAGAGUCUCAGCAGCCCCUCAUCUUCCUGCGAUAUGACUGCCGACGACGAGUUUCGCCACUAUUCCAACAUCGGGAGGCAGAUCAACUUUGCAGAGACCGACGCCGGUGCCGAUAAAGCCGCCAACAUCGAGGUCAUGCACACCAUUCGGGAGUUGACCAUCGGCGAGGCCGCCACUGUCGCCAAGAACAUGCACCUCCCCAAGAUCCCCGAGCGCCUAACACUCAGCAUCCGACAGACCAUGGAUCACGACUGCUUGGCCAUGUCAGCACAAAGGCCCCUUCAUGUGCUGUAUGUCGGCAACACGAGCCCGCGCCACCGCAUUUUGCGUCGCAUCUCCACUGCCCUCAACGCGCACAGCCCAAGCCUCAUCCGUCCCGUCGGCGGCGGCGAAGGCAUCUAUAACGUAGUGCCCAACACAAUGCCUGGCAACCUCUCGACGCCCUAUGAGGAUUUUGUGAAAAUGUUCCCCACAAACAUAAAGGUUGAAACGUGCACGCAUGCAGAAGAGACGGUCUACGUCUCCGACUCGCUACCCGGCGAGACUAUUUUCACCAUGGCCCUUGAGGAUGGCACGACGUACAAUUCGGCCCACCCCGCCAACAGCGGCCCCAUCGUUGAGCCCACUUACGACCUGCCCCACAUCGCCGUCUUCUACAUCACGGAUCAGGCUGGUGAGGCUACCCUCCGAACGCGCGAUGCCGCUUGGGGGUUCAUGAACCGCCAUGGUGUCCCGUGCAUCUUCAUCUCCAGCGCACCGGGCUUCGACGAGUCCGCCGUCAGCUGGUCGAAGUAUGUUGACCCGUCGGCUAUACAUCUCCGUCUCGAGUCUUCGAACUCUGCCAAUCCAGCGAUGCCAAUGCCGAUCGACCUGGCUUCAUUCCUCACCAUCGAUCCGCGUCAGAUGAAUCGAAAUCUUGCCCACCUCACUGGCCUAGCGGAACGGUCCAAAAUCCAAAAGGGCCUCUACAGCCGUGUGGUAAUGACUGGCAAGAAGGUGAUCAAGGCUUCGAUCGCCGCCGACUCGCAGGCCGCGAGUAUCCUGCAGAAAAUCCUAAGCGCCAUCUUCGUGCUUGGUCUGGUGUAUGGUCUCGACAGCUAUCUCUACCGGAAUCAUUCAGAUAGCCCCGCGCCGUACGUGAGCUUGCCCAAAACCACGAUUGCCGACCUCACGACCUUGGUUCCUGAUUCUACAUCUGAAACUACGAGCGUCAUCAAUCUCACGUCGUCAAGCACAGCUGUUGACAUUCCACGCAUUGUCGCUACACCCGGGAAUGUUGCUCUGAUGCCAUUUUCCAACCUGUUCCCCGACAUACUUCCCGACGCUGGUAAGGGGAAUAUUGUCUGCACGGCCGAACUUUAUGGCCAGCACGAGAUCCUGAUUAAAAUACCUGUCGGCACAAAGACCACCUGGCUCAACAAGGAUUCCAUUACGAUUGACGUCCUUCGUGAUGGCCAGAUAGUCAAGACCAAGUUUUCUUCCGUCGACGAAGGUCUUGUGCUCGAUAUUCCCAAGCGUGAUGCCUAUGGUGUUGUAGCGGUCACCGUCGUCACAAAUCGCAGGCCGAAGAUCAACGAGACACUCGAGGUGGAUUUUGGUAGGGGAAUCCUCACAGAAGCACUCCACGGCGGCAAGCGUUUGCUGUUUGACCUAGCCAGCACAGCCUCGGAGGCAACGAGCAGCCUGAGAGAGCAGGCCCUCGUCAAGGCUCAGGAAGUCUCGGACUACGGAACAGGGGCCUCGGACAGCCUCAAGUAUACCGUUGUCCAAAAGUGGCACGAGAUUCAGUUCGACUUGACGGAACGGCUGCACAGGACGGCAGACUUUUCCGACAAGCUUGAUCUUUCUGUUGUCACUGCUCAGAUUCAGUCGCGCCUUUGGUGGCUCCGCAUUCAAGGCAAGAUGGAAGAGCACGCCGAGUACGAGAAGAAGGCGAGAGUAUUCCUCGCCAGAAGACGUGGCGAGAUCCAGAAGGCUGGUCAGUCACGCCGGAAGACACAUCGCGAUGUUUCCGCGUGCCAACCAGGCAGCUCCCGGUGGUCAAAAAAGUGCUGUGACUGACACGACUUUCGAUGAGGGUCGACAUGAUUACACGAAUUAGGGCCGCUGGGCGAAGUAGCUGAUUAGGGUUUUCGACAUGGCGUUUACGUGUUUCGGUUUUGCAAUAUGGGAGGUUUUACUGUCACUCCAUACAAACCACUUUACUGUG